AAUUAAAUGGGUUAAUGAAAAAAUUACCCCUCUCCAUCAUACCCCGCCCCUUGUGACGUCACGUCGGUCUAUUGCGCGACUCCCCUCUCUUUUCACGCGCGCGCCGCGGGCCCUCCCCAACUCGCGCGACUAGAGAGUCGCUCCAGCCUAUGAUUCAAAGUAGUGUAGACUUCUUGCCCGGCUCCAGCUGUCUCUGGUCUCUCCAGGAAUGAGAAGCAAUGGCCGGUUCUGCCAACGAGGAGAAAACCUUCAAGAGGUUCUUGGAGCUCUUCUUGCGUGAGAUGAAGCCACCUCUCCAAGAGGACGUACCUCUACCUAUGCGCCCCUUGUCGGACCUCAUCACGGAGGACGAAGUGGAAGGGGAAUGCCUCGACCUGUGUCUCCAGCACCUGUGUAAAUAUAACUGCCCUUUCUCCUUGGCUGCGGCUCUGGCCCGUGGUACGGCUGACAGUAUUCUGCAAAGCGAUCUCUCGACGUACUAUAUCAUCAAGAAUCUGGAGGACGGAGCAGACAGGCUGCCUCAGAUCGAAUCGGUAAAGCUGGCACGGCUGAUCUUUAAUAAGCUGUGCGAGACAUGCUGUCAUUGGCUAAAAGAGUUCCCGUAUCGCCGCCGCCACAUGCCGUACUACGAGACCUCCAUCCACGCCAUUAAAAACAUGCGCCGAAAGAUGGAAGACAAACAUGUUGUCAUUCCGGACUUCAACUCACUCUUCAAUAUACAGGAUCAGGAAGACCAGGCGUUUUUCGCCGUGUUUGACGGUCACGGCGGGGUGGACGCUGCCGUCUACGCUGCCAAUCACCUGCACGUAAACCUGGUCAGACAGGGGAUGUUCAGCCAGGAUCCGUUAGAGGCCCUGUGUCACUCCUUCAAACUGACAGAUCAGCGGUUCAUGCAGAAGGCGUCACGUGAGAACCUGCGCUGUGGCACCACAGGGGUCGUGACCUUUCUGAAGGGUCACACGCUUUACGUUGCCUGGCUGGGCGACUCACAGGUCAUGAUGGUGAAAAGAGGUCAACCGGUGGAGCUGAUGAAACCACACAAACCAGACAGAGAGGAUGAGAAAAAGAGGAUUGAGGCUCUAGGUGGGUGUGUGAUCUGGUUCGGCACAUGGAGGGUGAACGGCAGCCUGUCUGUGUCAAGAGCCAUAGGUGAUUCAGAACACAAGCCCUAUAUCUGUGGUGAUGCAGACUGUGCCACCUUCGACCUGGACGGCAGCGAGGACUACUUGAUCCUGGCGUGCGACGGCUUCUACGACACCGUGAACCCGGACGAAGCCGUGCGAGUGGUCAGCGACCACUUGCAGGAGAACAGCGGCGACACCUCCAUGGUCGCCCACAAGCUAGUGGCCUCGGCCCGAGACGCGGGGUCCAGCGACAACAUCUCGGUCAUCGUGGUGUUCCUCCGGGAUCCCCGUUUGCCCCCACCCUCGGAUGAACCGGAGGAGCAACGGGAAGAGGAUCCGGUGGAGGAUGCAGGAGAGGAGGAGGAGGAGGAAGAGCAAGUGGAGCCCUUGCAGAGUGAGGUGGUGUGUCAAGACGGAGGGGCGGAGAACGGAGGAAAGACCCGGGGCGGCUGGCCACUUCAACAGUGCUCGGCGCCCGCUGACCUGGCCUACGAAGACCGCAUGGAUUCGUUUACGGACAGAACGAGUCUGAGCAUCACGGGGCCAGACGUGCGUGCAGAGACUGGCUGCUUCAGGCUCCCAGCUUCAUCCGGCCUGCCCCCAAUGAGAAACGUCACGCCAGACCUCACACCCCCCUACGGCGGGGUCGGCGCGGCCUGGCGUCCCUACCAAGAGAACGGCACCGGUGGGUACAGGCAAAAGCCCCAGCCUAAACCCACAGUGCCCCCCUACACGCAGACCACCUCAGACGGACAAUUGCUGGAGGUGGCUGCGCUCUUCCCUCAGGAGGGCCGGAGGAAGAGGCGGCUGGAGGUCAUGCCGCUGAGGAGGGAAUCGCAGAGCUUGAUUCGGAGGGCCAGGGAAAGCAACGGUCCUCUGAGCUGCUUCCCUAGCGUGCCCUAUCCCCUCCGCUCCCCAGAGAGGAAGCCUGGGAUAGCCUUUCCCCACGUAACCCACAGCAAAAUGGUCUAAUCGACAACUUCCUUGCCCCUUCAUGCCGCCCCCCUCUGUCCCUGAAAAUGAAACAUACCAGAGCCCGUCUAACGGAGAGCCUUGGCACUUCCUAUUAGCCCCGUUGUGCAUCAUCUUGGUUGCAGUUCCA